ACGCGCGGCCGGCAGCCGCAGCCUCCGCUAUGGAUGCGCGGUCGCGUGCUGGGUCCCGCCGGGCUCACGACCGCGUCGAUGAGCCGUCCUCCGGGGUGCAGGCUCCGGCGACGCCCUGGGCGCGCUUCUCGGCCUGGCUGGAGUGCGUGUGCGUGGUCACCUUCGACCUGGAGCUGGGCCAGGCCCUGGAGCUGGUGUAUCCCAGUGACUUCCGGCUCACGGACAAGGAGAAAAGCAGCAUCUGCUACCUGUCCUUUCCUGACUCCCACUCAGGCUGCCUUGGGGACACGCAGUUCAGCUUCCGUAUUCGUCAGUGUGGAGGGCAGAGGAGCCCCUGGCCCUCUGAUGACAGGCACUACAACAGCGAGGCCCCCCUGUCACUGCAGAGGGAGUCGGCACACUACUUUGGCUAUGUGUACUUCAGGCAGGUGAAGGACAGCUCCGUGAAGAGGGGCUAUUUCCAGAAGUCUCUGGUGCUGGUGUCCCGCCUGCCCUUCAUCCGGCUGUUCCAAACCCUGCUGGGCCUGAUCGCCCCCGAGUACUUUGACAAGCUAGCACCCUGCCUAGAAGCAGUGUGCAAUGAGAUUGACCAGUGGCCAGCCCCGGUGCCUGGGCAGACCCUGAACCUGCCUGUCGUGGGAGUCGUCCUCCAGGUGCACGUCCCAUCCAGGGCAGAAAAGCCUGAAUCCAGUCCUCUGAAGCAGUGCGACCAAGAGAACCUGCUGCCAGCCCCGAUGGUCCUCAGUAGUGUCCAUGAGCUGGACCUGUUCAGCUGCUUGCAGCCCGUGCUGACCCACGUGCAGACACUGUGGGAGCUCAUGCUCCUGGGGGAGCCCCUGGUGGUGCUGGCGCCCUCGCCCACCGUGUCCUCGGAGAUGGUGCUGGCCUUGACCAGGUGGGGAGGAGGUGGGUGUGCUGGAGUCCCCGGGGCUGCAGGCCACCCCCACAUCUGCCAGAUGUCCCUUAUAGGACAGAGAAAUGGGGCCACACAGAGGGGCUCAAGACCCUCCUAUCUGGGAUCUGUCCCAGGCAGGAUGGGGACCCAGGAAUGUGCCUGGGAUGUGUCCAGGAGGAGGGCCUGUGGGGCUGUCCCUGCUCAGGCACCAAGGCUCUCCUGGCCCCUGUCUCAGACCCCUCCCCAGAUCCGUCCCUUCCACCAGGAUGACUUCCUGUGCAGCCUGGAACAUGCUGCGCCCCAGCUCACCUGCAUCCUCAAGGGCGACUGGUUGGGCCUCUAUAGGCGGUUUUUCAAGUCCCCCCACUUUGAUGGCUGGUACCGGCAGCGGCGCAAAGAGAUGGCCCAUAAACUGGAGGCCCUGCACCUGGAGGCCAUUUGUGAGGCUAACAUCGAGACCUGGAUGAAGGGCAAGUCCGAGGUAGAGGUCGUGGACCUGGUCCUGAAACUUCAGGAGAAGCUGGUGCGGGCACAGGGCCACCAGCUCCCUGUGAAGGAGGCGACACUGCAGCAGGCCCGGCUGUAUAUCGAGACCAUCAUGGGCUCCCUGCCAAAGGACCUGCAGGCGAUCCUGUGCCCUCUCUAGGACAGGGCUACAGGGUAUGGUCCAGGGGCCUUAGUACUCCUGAGGGCCUGGAUGUGGCCAAGCUUCCUUCUCUCCAGUGAGGGGCAGCCCCAGCCAAGCAUGAGCUCCAACCCAGGCUUCCUGCUGUUCCCUGGCCUUGGCUCCUGCCCCUGCCCAGCACCAUUAUUGUCGCAGCAGUAAAGGUGGCAUUUGGAACCUCAGCCUAGGCCCCGACUGUUGAUGGAUCAUGUGUUGGCCAGAGCCUCACCUCCCCCUGGGCCCCACCUGCCCUCUGCAGGGCUACAGGCUGGGGGGGGUGGGGAGCUUGCUGUGAGCCUUGCUGCUCUGGGCCUGGGGCCACUGCCCCCUCCAGGUACCCAUCUGCCUGAGUCCUGUGGGGUCCCAGGCGUUGCAUUUGAUGUGUCUAGCCUCACCAGGCUGCCCAGCCCGGGACUGAAGGACAGAAAAAGGCAGCUGACAAGCAGAACCCCUCCUGACACAGCCCACCCACCAUCUUGCCUGGGGCUAGGGGCUUGGGAGGGGUGAGGAGCUUGGCUGCCUGGUUCUUUGUUCCUUGGGAGGCCACUAGGGGGAAGUGUGGGGCCUAGUCAUUGGCCCCCACCCUCCAGGACAUUGUCCCAGGUUCCAUCCCAGGAACCGUCUCUUCCCUCUGCCCCAUGAGAUUAUUCCACUGACAGGCACUUGAGUUACCCUGUGUCCGUCCACCUCCGUGUGUAGCCUGAGUGGCUCUGGACUCAGCUGGACUUGCUCACCCCAGCCAGAGCCCUCUGCAGCCACAGCAACCUCUGGGCACCAAGCUCUCAGAGGUGGUGCACUCCCCAGCCAGGCCCAGCGCUGCUUCCAGCGCUGUCACAACUCAGCACAGGGUGACAGCAGUGUAAGCCAGUGGAAGGGUGGGUGUGAGGCAUGGACCCAGAGCUGUGAACCUGCGGGUAAGUCUCCCCACCUCCCACCCUCAGACCCCUCACCUGAGGGGCUGGGCCAGGCCUGCACAGGGCUCUGCCAUCUCCUUGAGCCAGUCCUGGCAGAAUGAGUGGGCACAGGUGGGGUGGAGGUUUCUGUCCCUCCUGAAGCCCCCACUCAGUCUGUGCCCCUGGAUGGAGCCCCCACUGGGGCCUGGAUGGCAGCUGUGCUAGUCUCAGAGCUUCUUGUGUCAGCUUGUCUGGCCCUGACCACAGCCCAGGACACCCUGUCAUUGUCCCCAGUCUACAGGACAGUUGAGACCAGAACACAGCAGAGGCAGGCAGAGGCAGUAAAUCCAUUUUUUCAGAAGGAACAAGCUGGAGGCCCUGGAGUGAGAAAGGUUCUGCAUCGGCCCCAAACGCCACUCUUAGCAGCCUGCUCCUGGCUGUCUGGUCUGGAGGGGUGGCCUUCCCACUAAGGGCCUAGUCUCCAAGGGGGUCUGCAAGGGCACUAGUACCUUCCUUGUGACUGGCUGGCUCUCUGGCCUCUCCAAGAAAGGCCCUACCAUCAGCUGCCCUCGCUCGGUCCUCUUGCAAGCCUAAUCCUAACCUCUAACCCCUAACCCCUAACUCCACUGUCAGGAGACAGUGCCAGGCCUGGGGCCCCUCACUAUAACCCAGUGGGGGGAUACUGAGGAGGGAGGAAGGGGUAGAUGGGUCAAAAGCAGACGUCCUGUGUCCUGUGCCCCAGCAGAGCCCUGAGGGCAGAAAGGCCUGGAUAAGCAGGGGCCACUGCGUCGGAGAGGGUGCUGUGCUUGGCUUAUUCAGCCUCUUGCGGUUGGAGGGCCUGGGGUAGUGGCCUGGGUGCAGUGGGGCAGAGAUGCAGCGGCUGCUCCAGGACAGGAAGGACACUUCACCCCCGAGCUUCCUGCACUCUAUUUAAAGAUUCCUUUAGUCUUGGCAUAGUGGCCUUCCCACGUUUAUGGUAUUAAAAUGUCCUGUGACCACA